CGCGGCCCCGCACCGGAGCGCUCGGCCCGGCCCGGCCCUCACCCCUUCGGGCCCUCACGGCGGCGCCGGGCCCGCUCCCCGCAGCGCAGGCGCGGCGCGGGCUCCGCCCCGCGGAGGGGCGGCCAUGGCGGCGCCGGCCGCGUUCAGCCUGCGGGAGGUGCUGGCCGCCUUCCAGGGGUGCGUGACGGAGCGGCGGGAGGUGCUGCUCGGGCCCUACCUGCGCGGCUGGCGGGGGCUCAUCCGGUUCCUGCAUAGCCUGGGCGCCAUCUUCUCCUUCGUCUCCAAGGACGCGGUGGCCAAGGUGCAGAUCAUGGAGGGGUACUGCGGCGGCGAGCAGCGGGAGCGGUACGUGUCGCUGCAGUCCAUGGUGGAGUACGAGCUGGCCAGCGGGCUGGUGGACCUGCACAAGCGCUCGGGCCGGCCCGACUCCGGGUGCCGCACGGUGCUGCGGCUCCACCGCGCCCUGCGCUGGCUGCAGCUCUUCCUGGAGGGGCUGAGGACGGGCCGGGAGGACUCGAGGACAUCCGUGAUCUGCACGGACUCGUACAACGCUUCGCUGGCCGCUUACCACCCCUGGGUCAUCCGCAAGGCCGCCACCGUGGCCUUCUGCGCGCUGCCGCCGCGGAACGCCUUCCUGGAGAUCAUGAACGUGGGCACGGCCGAGGACGCCGUGGCGAUGCUGGGGGAGGCAUUGCCCUACAUCUGCAACGUCUACAGCAUCACCCAGGAGCUCUUCGCGCACCACAAGCUGCUCGAUCUUCCCUAGGGAGGGAUGCUCGGGAGCCACGUCCCGACAGGAGGAGGGCGAACAGGGUGUUUUCACAGGCACACAGGGUCUGGUUCUCUGUGCGUGGUCACAUUCCCUUUCCUUUUCCAGUAUGGAGCUGGCAAAGCUAUUCAGGAUGCCUCACUUUAUAAGAGAAAAAUAUGCACCUACUUUUUUUUAUGUGUAUCUGUGUUGGCUCUACACUAAGAGAAACACAGUGUGCUUAUGGGAUCAUAGACUUACAGGAUAGUUUGGCGUGGAACAGACCUUAAAGAUCAUCUGGUUCCAACCCCCCUCAGUUCAAGUCUCCAGCGAGGCUGGGUUUGAUUCUUCUUUAAGCCAAACUGCAACUGCAGCAGCUUCUGUGCAUUCACACCAAUAGUUGGGCCCUUGUGUGGCGGCACAAGUGUCAGGUGUGGUGUCUGAACACACACAUUACAUCUCAGCACACGCUGCCAGUUCUGUUUACAAGCUGUUCCUUGAACAGAUCUGGGGGGUUUUGCCCCCUGUUUUGCUUUAACCUUGAAAAUAGAACCCUGAGCAAUGUGUGGCUGAAAGGAAGCGCUUUUCCAUGUGGUCACAGACUCAUUUGGUUACUGCUGCUAAUCCUGUGUUCCCUAGAACUGAAGGAGGAAACGGUGCUGUGUGUCAUUACUGUGAGAGACUGUUCCUCCUUUGUGCAUGGAUGCAUUAAGCAGGACCUUCUGUGUAGCUUCCCCUGCUCAUUCAUCUCUGCUUUGUGCACCUUGGGAUAUAGAACAGCUUUUACUACGUACUGCACAAUCCUGUCCAGCCAGCCAUGCUCCUGAAUUGUGCUCUCAUUAAUUUUGUUUAAUGAAUGUGUCAAACGCUCACAAAAAUGACUUCUCUGCCUGUCUGGGGAGAAAUCCAAACUUGUACUGUGAGUCACUGCUCUGCGGGGCUUCUAUUGCAAAUCACUGUAUGUAAUAGCCAGUGCGUGUGUGUUCACAGACACACACGCCCUAAGUGUGUAAAAUGGAGUUUACUUGAGCUUUCUGAAAGCUGGAAAUGCACUACACUGUUAGUUCAGGAUGUCAUGAUUAUUUGGGGGAGGAGGGAGAAGAUCACAUGAUUUGAUUGUAUCUCAGUAGAGGCAUUUUGGCCUGAUGGAACACUACAGGAUUCAGGAAAUCACUGUUACCUCAUGGAGAUUAAUCUAACUGGACAUUAAAUUAUGUGAAUUAUAACGUGCUUCUGCAGAGUAUCCUUCCUAGGAGCUGGGGUUGUGGUGUUGGAAGGAGCAUGACUUGGUGUUACCUAUUCAUGCCUUGUCUUUCACUAGCAAAGUCUGUUCAUUUCGUGGCCAGAUGUGAAACCAGCCAUCAGGAAUAACCCAGAUGAAGUUAGAUGCUGUGUGCUGAGCUCCUGUUCUGACAGCUCACAUCUGCCAACACU